AAGCAUUAAUCCAUUAAUUGUAGACAGAAGCAAUUAUAUACAUAGGAGGCAUGGCAAAGUCUUACACAACAUUUGUUGCCCUCCUUCUCUGCUUCCUCCUCAUUGCAUCAACUGAGGUGGAAGUGGGUGAAGCUAAGGUGUGCCAGAAGCGCAGCAAGACAUGGACGGGUCCGUGCAUCGUUACCGGCAACUGUAGCCGGCAGUGCAAGAAUAUCGAAGGCGCAACAUUCGGGGCGUGUCACAGGAGCGGUUUUGGAUUUGCUUGCUUCUGCUAUUUCAAGUGCUGAUCUCAUCUCAUCUCAUCAUCGUCAGGAAUAUUCAAUAUGGUUCAACUGCUUGUUCAUGAGAGUUGUGAGCCUUUUGUUGUGUCAGCUGUGGGAAUAAGACUGCUAGCUACUUAUUGCUUCUAUCACUACAAGGAAUUAUAAGUAGCACAAUAUAUAUAUGUAAUAUUUAGUUUCAGUGUUUAAUUUGGUUUUUCUAUACUCACUCUUUGCUGGUGUGACGGUUUA